UGUUUUGUACGUUCUACAUUCUGAUCCGAGGAUCAGCUGGAGGAAGCAAUAACAGAGGGAAAAUCUGCAGGGGAAAAAAUCGAACAAGAGGGAAAAAACUGCAGAUGUUAUACUCUGAACAUCAAGUGUAAAUUCAAGUUUUACACGAAGCCCCUUCUUCUAAGAAGAAAGCCUUUUUUUAUUUUGUAUUAUGGUGUUUUAACUACCUCACUUAAAAGGCAACCUAAAGCUAUGCUUUAAGAAUUAUUGUCGUUUCUACUUUGUGUGAGAUCAUCACGUUUACAAUUUGAAAUAUAUUGCUAAUACAGAAUGAAUUACACCAGUCACCAGUGCUGUCACAAUGGAAUCUUUAUAACCACAAGUAAUAAUUUAACAGGCCUUUGCAGCGAUACCAAGUAAAACCUUACAUUUGCACUAAGGAAGCCUGUCGAGUCCUGUAAGAAAAUCAACCUACGAGAUCAAGACAAGAAAAGGGUUGAAGCAAAGAGAGGCCAAGAAAACCGUGCUCACUUUCCUGACCUGGCAACUGUUUGACAAAGCGAAAUAACGAACUAAAUAAGACUACAAAAAUACUUAAUAAGUAGCAAAAACACACAAAGGCAGCUAGCUAUACCUUGAGAACUACAACUAUACAUAGAACCUGACUUCCGCGAUCCCUGACCCUUGACUUUUUACCCAUUGACGUGUACCCAACCAACCGGCCUAGCCAUGUUCCAAGCUCUGAGCAGCCUGUUCUUCGGAGAGGUGGAGGAGGUGGCCGCAGAGAUCAAGGGGCCCAACCCCUGUGUGACCGACGCUGACGAGGAAGGAUGGAUGCUGGUCAACCUGCCUGGGGAAGCUGAUUGUGUGAUGCUAGUAGAGGGAGGGAUAGAGGCGCCAUCGAUAGCACAGGCGCAAGCACAAAACAACCAAUCAAAUCACCCAGACACACCCACCAGAACUGAGUGCCCCGUCCCCUCUCCAACCCCUCCCCCCAAACAUCAGAAUCGCCACAGAACACACAAAGCUUGUUCACGAGCGGCGACAGUGGCGCCAUCAUACCCCUUCUCCACUCUCCCUUCUGCUAGCCCGUUAGCCACGGGAAUCGUUACGCCCAUAUCCCUAAAAAGGCGGGCCAGGCUCUCCACCCCAUCUGUGUCCCCUGGCAGUAGUGGGUCGGAGAGAGGCUGCAUGGACGAGAGCUGGUUCGUUACCCCUCCCCCCUGUUUCACUGCAGAGGGAGCCACGGCCGAGACCAGCCCCAUGGAGGAUCUGCUUAUAGAGCACCCCAGCAUGUCCGUCUACGUCUCCCCUAGCAACCUGUCCAUGAUCUCCAACGGCAACCUGUCCAUCGUCGGGGAGGAAAGCAUCACCAGCCUGACAGGCAGCAUGAGCAGGGUGGCAGAACCAGCCGCUACCUCUGCCGUCCAUAAUACCAUGCCCACCAGGGUGACCCGAGGAGCCGCUGCCCAGGCUGGUACCCUGGCCAAGGUGACCCAGGUGGCCAGGGUUCAGAGGGGCAAGGCCCGCAUUGAGAGGCGCCACCUUGGACGCAACCGCAUCCAGCGCCAGAACCGCACUAGGGAGCAGGUUCCCCGCCACGCAGCCCACGCUAGAAACACCUACCUGCACCAGCCCUGCCAGCGUAACAUCUGCCACUGAGCUUCCACAAACACAGGGGGAGCCAUUUACUCUGAGGGCAUUAGUGGUUAUACUCCCCCUUACAUAUAUACAGGUAGAUUUAUAUGGACACACACACAUAUAUACUCAUGUCGACAAAUAUGUAAAUACACAUGCACACAACGUACACGCAUCAUUUACACAUGCACACACAGCACAUAGACACUCUCUCUCUCUUUCACUAAAUCACUCUCUCUCUCUCUCACACACACACACACACACACACACACACACACACACACACACACACACACACACACACACACACACAUAAUUGAUUUACGUAGGCUACUGUGCCAUGUUAGGCCCUAAACCCCAACCAAGCCCUCUAAUUACUUAAGUCUAUUGUUGUUAGCUGUCACAUAUAAACAUUUUUGAAAAACUUGCAAAAAAAUAUUACUUAGCAACUAAUAUGUGUGUAAAACUAUAAAAAGUUCAAUCUACUCUCUCCAUUUCAGUUGAAACACUCCUCUCCUCUGUCUCUUCCUAGUGGAAGUUCACCUAUUUACUGUGAUGGAACACAUGGCCCUCUCCCCUUUGCAGCCGUCCUAAUGCUUUUAAUCAGGUUGGGGGACAGACAGGCUAAGGAGGAGAAAUUAAAGAUGCUCACUCUCUUUCUGCGGGAACAAGCUUUUUUAGGGAAUCUUUAUUAGAUAGUACACCCAUGGACACGUAAUCAUUUUAGCCGUUGAGUAUCUACGUAGCUAUACUUGUUAUGAAUGAAGACAGGGAAAGGCUGCCCACAUCUUAUCUUGUCCUUUAUUUGCAGUGUUUGAGUUACGAAACAUUUUUUUAUUAAAAAAAUCUGUUCGCAAAAAGGAAGGGUAUACCGUGUACAUUACAGUGAGAGAGGAGAAAAACCAGAAGAGGUGUUUUUCCUCUUGUCCCAAUGUGAGGGAUGGAAGCAGGUAGAGGAAGGUGAAAGAGAGGACGACGAAAACAGACUAAAGAGUAAAAAGAAGACAAGAAACGACGAAUUGGAGAGUUUAGAUAGGAUGACAGAGGAACCAGAGUAGAUAUAGUUGACUGUGUAGUGUAGCUUUCUGGGUAACCAAUAGCUCGUUUUUAGAAUGCCUAACUGGCUACUUUUACAUAUUUGGCUUGCCAUCUGUGACUAAGACAAGUUUGCCAAUGCUGAAACAAACAGGCACUCUGUUAUCUCAAGUCAGGCAGCCUUGCAAAGCAGGAAGCUGAUUCCCUAAUUUCCUAAACGUCUUUGUUCAACAACUACAACACGAUCAUGAAAGUAAUUCAGAGCUCUCUGGUCAUAAGAAGUCUAGUUUAGCUAGCUUCAAUGACUGUGCAUAGUUAACUGUGUAUGUCCUGUGCAAAUUACUUUGUUGGGACGUACCAUAAUUAUAUAUGUAGGGAAACUAGCCAAGGGUUGCCUGUAGGUUACAAGGUAUGACAGGCUAAAGUAGGUGCAAGGCGGUAUAGAUGGCAACUCUUUAUUAUAUUUUGGUUUGUUUGUUUGUCUGCUACUGUUAUUAAAGUUAUGGAGAAGGUAGGCCUAACCAAUGCUCUCUGAAUGAUGUCUGUGAUAGGAAAAGCCUGUUCCCUGCAGCCCCAUAAUGAGAGCACACCGUUUCAUCCAAAUAGCUGACAACCUAAAAACUUGGCCUAGUUAUAGAGAAUAGUAUAUAGGGAAAAAAAUGGAGAAAAAAUCUAUAUACAUUUGCUCAGCACACACAUUGGGCUCCAACUGAUGUUGUUGUGCUGUGAUGCUUCUGCAUUAAGACACCUCCCCCUAACUAAAUAUUAACCAAGUGACAACCUUACCCAUGAAAAGACAAACAGGGAAAUAGAUAACAUCGACCAAUCCCUUUUCACUUCACGUCAUUCAGUGACAACAGGGUAAUCAUGGUAGGAGACUCGGGGUGAACACACAAACACACACACACACACACGAUGUCCACCGGGCUGAUACUGCUCAGUGUUUCUAGUAAAGACUAGCUCAAGGACAGAGAAUGAGUUAUGAGUGACCCUUUACCUUCUACACCCACUCCCUGGCCUCCUAAUAGCACAUCCAGCCGUAACAGUGUCCCCCACCUUAAGAUCCAAGAUCUGAGAUGUAUUCAACUACAAUAGUAAACUAUGGUGCUGAAGUCUAUUUGACUAUAUACUAACGUUUGUCAAUUAUUUGAGACAUGGAUGUAAGUUUGCACUGUCAUACAUUUUUGUGAGUCAAAGUUUUAGCUGUGUGCUGUGUGAUGUCUUUUAUUCUCCCUUGGGAUGUUUACUCUUUUCUUUUUGUUUUGUAUCGAACCAUCAAAGGUCUGUGGGAGUGUGAGAGGGUGUGUGUUAAAAAAAAAUACUUCAAAAGACAAAUAAUGAUCAAUUAUUUUUCUUGUACAUAUUAGAAUACAGGUUGUAAUGCUCCUUGCUGUUAGGUGUAAAAGCGACUCAGGAUUAGAGUCCUUAAAGUAGCUACCAUCUUGACUGAGGACAAUACUGUCCCUGCCUCUUUCCUGAAUGGGACAGUAAGGAUGCAUCUCAAUAAUCUAACGUGGCAUCCUAUCCACUUAUACUUUCCCUAAUCUACACUGAGAUGUGACCAAUUGAGAUGUACCCUAUUGGAGCUUUUGGGUUAGAUGUGUUAACGGUCCAAUUAGACACUGCUCUCUAGGGGGAUAAAAGUGUAAUAACUUGUAACAACACAGGAUCAUUUCAUGCUGGCAUCAUCAUAACACAACACAUAUUUGAAAGUAUAAAGAUGUAUUUGUGGGAGCAGUGGAAUAUUAAUUGUUCUCUAGAUACAGUGAGAGUGAGGUGAGAAAUUGUUCUUAUUGUUUAGGAUGUUCUGAACUAGAAACAUUUAUUUGUCCCUUCAAUCACAAACCACCAUGUUCCACUCAACGUAUCGCCAACUAUCUUGUAAAUUACUAUAUUUUGUUUGAAUGAUCUACUAAUAUGAUAUAAUUAUUAAUAUUAUGUAUAUUUAUUUUUCUGUUGCUGUUUUAAAUGAUGACUGUAUGUAACUCUGUUUGAUCCUAUGAAUGACGCAGUGUGUGGAUUGCAGUAACGACUCACUCACACACACACAUACACACACAGAUACACACACAUCUGGUCUCCAUGCUUCCUUAACCCCUAGAGUUUUCUGAACCUUAUACUACAGUAUCUCUGUGGUCACACUUCUUACUCACAUGAUGAAGACAUUUUACAAAGAGAGAGGGGAGGGGGCCUAUACAUGAGAGACCAUAGGUGUGUGUGUGUGUGUGUGUGUGUGUGUGUGUGUGUGUGGAACUCACCACCUCUAACAAGGCCUUGUUGGUCCUCACUGCGAGACUGUUUUUCUCUUUUUCUUGUUGUUAUUUUCCUUCUUUCCAUCACCCUCUCACCUUGACGUCCAUGUUAUCUCCAAGUUGUUGUUUUCUGAGUAUGUAGUGUGGGACUAAUGAAAGGUGUGAGUUUAGGGUGGCAACCCGCCAAUCACAGAGAGAGGGCGGGGCCACCAGGUGCACUUGUGUCUAGUGUGACGUGAGAGUUGUGGGGGAGGGAGGGAGGAAGAAAGAGGGGGUGUGACAGAGGAUGGAGUAAGCAGAUAGAUUGAAAAAAAAUCUGAAAUGUAUCAACAAAAAAAGAUAUGCUUGUAUUUUUUCCCGUUUAGUUCUUAGAACAGUUGUUCACCUAGUAUGUUAAUGUUUUAAAAGAAAGGGGGUUGAUUGUGUGUGGAUUAUUUUUGUUCUGCUUUGCGCCCUAAAAAUGAUGGCAGCUUAAAGAUACUUUGGGGUUCUCCCAUGUACCAUCUCAAUGAGUACACCCCUCCCCCGUCAAAACAACUAUUUAUAGACAUAUAAAAAAGAUUGGUGUAUCUGAUAUCUAUGGUGAUCGUGCCUUUCACUAUUUCUGCAUGGUUUUUGUGAUGUACUGAAUUGUUCCAUCCCUGAGUGGACAGUCAAGUCCAUAGACAGUCAAGUCCAUAGACAGUCAAGACCAUAGACAGUCAAGUCCAUAGACAGUCAAGUCCAUAGACAGUGAAGACCUAUGCAACCACCAACGGAUGGGUUACUACAACAUCCAUUCAGAAAAACGCAGGUACCACACAACAACAACAACAACAAAAACAAUAAACACUCAGGUUG